UCGGAUCCUGCUUUGCGUAAUUACUAUUUGCAGGCAAGGGAGGGAGAGAGGGGGAGAACGAGAGAGAGGGGGUGAGAAAGAGUAUGUGUAGGAGAGAGAGAGAGGGAGAGAGUCAGAGGGAGAGACAGAGAGAGAGAGAGAGGCAGUUGCUCUGCAGCGGACUGUUCUGCUGACUGCAGGAGCACUACCUGGCAGUCUUGGCCAGUGCGUCAGCACUCUCGCUUGAAAUGAAUGAGAGAAGGAGGAAUCAAUCAGUGUGACUGCAGAAAGAGUGAGUGAGUGAGAGAGAGAAAGGGAGAGAGAGAGAAGCCCCCCUCUCUUUUUUUUAAUACUGUUUGACCGUCCACGCACACAGGACAGUUGCUGGGAGAGUGCGCCCUUUAAAAUGUGAAGGGACCCCCCCUGGUGCUAGAAGACAAGAUGAAUGCUAUGAAUGCUUUGCUACUCUUCGCUUUGUUCUCAUUGGGCAUUGCACAGAACUUUGAGGAGGCUUACAGUGACCUGGAAUCCUACAAUCUCAGGACCAUCUACAUCACAGAAAAUGGCCAAAAGCUCUCCGUGGUGACAGACCAAGCCAAGGUCAUCUCUCGUCGAGGAGGCAACGCAACACUGCCGUGCAAGUUCCAGCGGGACCCCGCCUCUGCCCCCAACCCCAAGUUGAGGAUCAAAUGGACUAAGCUCACCGCAGACUACCUGAAAGAGGUUGACGUCUUUGUUGCCAUGGGUUACCACAAAAGGAGCUACGGCCAGUUCCACGGGCGAGUGCAUCUUCAGGGAGAUGGUAACAAUGACGCCUCACUGGUCAUCAAUGAGAUCACCCUGGAGGACUAUGGGAGAUACAAGUGUGAAGUCAUUGAUGGGCUGGAAGACGCGACUGUAGUGGUCUCCCUUGAUCUCCAAGGUGUGGUUUUCCCUUAUUUCCCACGGCUGGGUAGGUACAAUAUGAACUUCCAUGUGGCAGAGAAGGCUUGUCAGGACCAGGAUGCUGCGGUGGCCUCGUUUGACCAGCUGUACGACGCCUGGAGAGCGGGGAUGGACUGGUGCAACGCCGGGUGGCUGAGCGACGGCUCCGUGCAGUACCCCAUCACCAAACCCAGAGAGCCCUGCGGGGGCAGGAACACGGUACCGGGAGUGAGGAACUAUGGGAAGCGUGACAAGGACAAGAACCGCUACGACGUCUUCUGUUUUACAUCAAAUUUCAAUGGCCGUUUUUACUAUCUGAUCCACCCGGGCAAGCUGACUUACGACGAGGCCGUGCAGGCAUGCCAGCGCGACGGUGCCCAGAUUGCCAAAGUGGGCCAGAUGUACGCCGCCUGGAAGCUCCAGGGCUACGACCGCUGCGACGCGGGCUGGCUGGCAGACGGCAGCGUGCGCUACCCCGUCAGCCGACCUCGCCGCCGCUGCAGCCCCGACGAGGCGGCAGUGCGCUUCUCCGGCUUCCCCGACCGCAAGCACAAGCUCUACGGGGUCUACUGCUUCAAGGGCCAGGGGCACGACUGAGGGACGAGAGGGGCGGUGAAGGGAGGGAGCGACAAUGAACAUCCGAACCAUCGAGAAGCAAGCAAUGGUUAUUGAAAACAGAGAGAGAGAGAGAGAGUGAGAGAGAGAGUGAGAGAGAGAGUGAGUGAGAGAGAGAGAGAGAGAGAGAGAGAAACAGUAAGAUCAUGCCAGAGGAGUUGCUACUAGGAAUGCAUUCAAACUGUGAUUCUUUUUUUCUUUUAAAAUACUGUAAAAGAAUGGAUGCCAUAGGGAUGGGUGAGAGUACAUUUCAUACAGUAUCACCUUUUUUAAAAACAUAUUUUCUUUCACUUCAGUGUAAUUCAUCUAUAUUUUUUAUUUAAUUCCACAUCAUUGGUCAAGAGGGGGGUGGUUAGGGUCAGGGAUAUUUGUGAGAAAAACUAACAGGCCAUGACACAGUGGUUAUCCAAUUCUCUGAGGGAAGUCCAUGGACUGGUGAAACACUAUAGCUUCUCAAUAUUGGACUGAUACUUUGGGCACUUAGCUUUAUUUUGUAAAUUGACCCAACAUCCAAAGAGAUCACAGGAGCAAGAUUCUGAUACAAGAGGAAAUAUGGUUCCACAAGGGGAUGCUAUACUUACAGCAUGAAAGCAUAGCACAACACGUUUCUUUCUUUUAUUAUCAUAACAGGGUGCUAUUACAAAUGACGUAUUUUGACCUUU